AUGCUGCUCAACGAAUAUGAUUCGGUCUAAUCAUCAAAAUACGAUUAAUAACACAAUAUUUUGCUUCAAAACACUAGCCAGAUUGAAAAAUCUCAUAAUGUCAGAGCUAGUUAACUCAAUUCCAAUGACUGUAUUUAGGAAGAAUAUUUUAAAUAUCCAGAUUUAAUACAGAACGAUACAGACUAGCAAAGCAGGAAUCAAAACAUUAAUAAAAUAAUUAGUGGAAAAAGUUCCCAAUAUUAUUACUUAGAGGAAGUUUUUUAAACUGAAGAGAUAUGUGGAGUGCACGAGCCUCUUCCCAAUUAAAACUUCAUUACUGAAGAGGAUCAAAAUGAUGAUGAGCUAUGUUAUGAAGAGAUUAACCUUGACUUGCAAAGGAAUCAGAUCUAAGAGCUUAUCAGUGACGAGGAUAUAGAUGAUAGCCCGAGCAUUUAAACUCCUAUCAAAGAUAUGAGUUUAUAUAAGUCCAUCAACAUUUAAAACUUUUCUGAAGACAAAAAAUCCAGUAUAAUCGAAUAAGAAUAAGCACUGAGGCCAUUUCCUAAUACGUCUCCGCUUAAUUAAAUUUAGUAGCAAAGCCCUCUACCGACUUAAAUUAAUAAUUUAGUGGUGGCAGAAGUUGAUUAAGAUGAACUAUAGCAAAUGAGCAAGUAAAGCAGGUUAUUCGUGCUUUAGAAAAUGGAGAUUGAGGAGGACUCUGUAAAUUACACCGAUGAAAUGCAGUAAGAAACCCCUUCCAAUGAUGGGCCUUACUAUACAGUAGGAACAACUGAGAGAAACUACUUUUCAAAUAGAGAUGGAGAACUAAUGAGGGUCAAAAGUUCAUUGAUUGGAAACGUUAAGGAAAGUUUCAAGGAUACUGAGCCCUUGUAAUAUGAUCAGAGAUCUGAAAAUAAUUAUAAUCAUAAUGCUUAGGAUUUUGCAAUUACAAUGGAAACUUAAGUCUAAAAUCUAGAGGAAAGCAGCUAAAAUUAAAAUCGAACCGAUGAUGAACAACAGACUGAGAAAAUCAAUUAUGAUGUUAUAAGUAGCUCAGACAAAUAUUAUCAAAUAAGUAACUAAAAUAAUCUUAUGACUCAAGAAGAAAAUUUCAAUCCUUAAUUAGAAGUAAACUAAAAUUAGGAUCCCCCAAAUGACUAGCAUCUAGAGUUUCUUAGAAUAUAACAAGAAUUUUAGCAAUUAAGCAGUUAACUUGAAGAGCAUUACUAAAGGGAUCUGCAAAUUAUCAAUUAAGUCAAGAAUUAUGAAAUAUUCUAAACAUUCGCCCAUUAGACAUCAUAGAACUCUGACAUUGAUCCUCAACACUCGAGCAAUGAUGUUGAAUUGCCAUCAUUGGGGUCAUCAAAAGUUCACUCGAUGAAUGAAUCAAGAAAUUAAAAGUCUAAAUCCCCUAAUAAGAUUGUUCUGUAGAACGAGGAAACUUAGCAGGACGACUAAGAUUAAACUGAGUUUCAAGCAGCUGACUAUAAUUCAGUAGAGAAAUUGAUUGAAUCUCGUAGAGACUCUCUGAACAAUAAUAAUGUGAGUAGUAACUACAUUCUUAAUCUAAGAAUCAGCAAGAAUUCAAGUUAAGUCAAGCAUGAACUCAUUGAGAAUGAGGCUAAGUCAAAUAUUCUUAGCAGAGACUGCAGCUUUUCACCAGUUAAAGAUGAAUUGAAUGGAAAUUUCAAACUUUAAAAAAUUCCAUCAAGCAGUAAAGUAUCUACUUAAUAUUAAACGCUUCAAAAUAUUGACCUAGGCUAAAAUACUGUUGAAUGUAAUCAAUCAAAGCAAUAACCUUCCAAAGCCAUUACUUAGCUUAGGCAAAAAGUGGUGGUAUUAGGAGAUUUGUAAAAUUUAUCUAAAAAUUUAAAACCUAACAAAGCCAACAAAAAACCUUUAAACUCACAGAGAACAAUGGAUACAAAUAAUAAGAAAAAAGAUAAUUUGAUUAGCACUACUUUUGACAAGAAAGCCUAAUUUUUAAAGUCUCCAAGAGGUUAGGAUCCUGUGAUAUCUCUGAAAUCUCCUAAUAAAAGGUUAUCAGACGUAAAAUCUCCUUAUAAAUACCAGUCUGUUCAAUAAUCUGCAAAUAAGACUUAACUACCAAAGUCAUUACCAAUCAAGGAGUUUCAAAAUACUGCAUCAAAACAAGAUAAAAGAUAUUCUUUAUUAUCAGCUAAGAAGUCACCUACAAGACCCUAACAGAUGAUGCCAGUAAUAACGAAGACAAUCACAGAGUUUCCUACUCAUACUCUUAGAAGAGUUUAUGUAGAUUAUGAUUAAAAAGGCAAGAAAUUUGUAGAAAAUUUGACUAUCAACAAAUUAAGAAAUAGUAUCUUUGAAAGUAAGAAGCAAAAGGAGAAUUCAAUAACAAGAGAAAUGACUUAGAUAAUGAAGUUUUCAAGUAGCUUAUAGCUUUCUCAAGACUAGACUAAGAUAUCUUUGAAUUAUAGUAGAAAUAACACUGAUAUGAUGUGUACUGGGAAUCAAUCAGCUCUAACUAGACUAAUAUCAGGUGACAAACUCAGAAAAAUUGAGAACCUUAAGACAACCUCUACCUUUGAUUAAAGAAAAAGUCAUGCUCCAUCUGUUAAGAUAAAUCUAGCUCAGACUAGCACUUAAUGUAACCAGAAAAGUCAGCAAAUAGUAAGAGACUUGAUACCGAAUAAACAGAAUAACUCAACCAUUCAAAAUCAAAGAACUAAGCACUUCUACUCAUCUAAUGUCUUUUAGUUAUGA